AUGCUUGCUACAAUGCUCUCUGCUGGAGCUGCAGCAUUUUGCAGCUGCCUGGCCCUUGAUACUGCAACAGCUCUUCGCGCACAAUGCACUGAGCAAUACUUUAGUUCAAUACUCCCGGAAGGCGCAUCCACCAUUGAAGCUGCCAAAAUCUCUGCGGGUGAUAGUUUUGGUCAAGGAGCCGCCGACACCGCAUACCCUUAUAAUGCCACCAACUUGCCCGCCUCGUGUGGGAUCAUUGUCAACGGGACUUCCUCGGCAACAUCUGCUUAUACAUUCGGUCUCAUUCUGCCCGACAACUGGAAUGAGCGAUUCAUGGCCGGAUUUGCUACCAUGUCCACAAACACUGGUCACAACUCCACACUCCAGAACAUGAAUUGGGCUUUGAAUAAUGAUGAGUCCAAGAAAGACUGGGGUUACCGUUCUUUGCACGGUUCGACUGUUAUUGCCAAGCAAAUCACUGCCGAUUAUUACAAGAGUAAAGUCUCAUACUCUUACUACGCCGGCUGCUCGACUGGAGGCAAGCAGGGAAUGAAAGAAGUUCAGCGAUUCCCGGAGGACUUUGAUGGUGUGGUUGUGGGUCCCCCCCCCCCCCCCCUGGUGGUCCACACGCCAGCAGGGCUGGUAAAUGCGACUAGCAGCAACAAGUCCUUUUGUCUUACAGCCCCCCAGAUCCGCACUCUGGAGGCUCUAUAUAGACCUCUUGUUGACGUCAACAACACAUGGAUAUACCCCAGCUUUGGCCUCGGAUCUGAGGACCAAAUGACCAGCUCCUUUGGAGAUGUUGGCACCAACGCCCCUAGUCUCUAUGGUUCAGAGUACUACGCCAAGUACGUUUUGGACAACGCAGACUGGGAUUGGCAUAACUACGAUUAUAGCGUCAUUGAGCUUGCUGAUGCUCUGAAUCCUGGUGAUACCAACGCAGGCAACUUUGAUCUGUCUGAGUUCCGUGCCAGCGGCGGCAAAUUGCUUCACUACCACGGUCUUGCCGAUGGCCUCAUUCCUUCUGGAGCAAGUGAGUACCUCUACCAGCAGUAUCUCUCCACGAUGAAUGAGAAGAAUCUUCCUCUGGAUGACUUCUACCGAUUCUUUUUGAUUCCUGGUAUGCAGCAUUGCUCGGGAUCUAUCAACGAUGCCCCGUGGUACAUUGGUGGCUUCCAGACUCUCACUGAUACUGUGGGAGUUCCUGGCUACCAGGACCGGGAGCACGAUGUUGUUCGUGCGCUUAUGGACUGGGUUGAGAAAGGCGUUGCUGUUGAGAAGAUUGUUGCGACUAAGUUCAAAAAUGAUGACCCAACUGAGGGUGUUGUGCGACAACGGCCUCUUUGCCCGUACCCAAAACAGGCUGUCUAUAAAGGAAAGGGUGAUCUUAAUGAUUCAGCAAGCUGGAACUGUGAAGCGUAA